AUGUUCGGCCAUCCAGGCUUCAGUGCAUUAGAGUUCGCAGGAGGCGAGCACCUCACAGAAAGAAAGACAUUGUCCCUCAAGGGAAAAUCAACGGUGAGCUCCACGACAUAUGAUGAGAAAAUUUCCCUCCCAGCUGUCAGCAUUGAGCUCCCCGGAUCAACCUCGCCCCAGCUCUCUGUGCAAGAGUAUGGUGGCCAGCCGCAACAACAGCGAUGUCGGGGCAACUUCAUGAACCACACACCUCGAGUCUUCGAGAUACGGUCACCGAAACUUCCCAGUUUCCAGCACAGUUCUAGCGAAACGUUUACUGAUUCGUAUACGCACUCGCACAAGAACUCUACAGGAGAUAAGACUUCAUCGUGGAGCCAGCCGUGGCGACGCACUCCACCGACUACGUGGGAAAUCGAACAUAUGGCUAGCCUCGAGUCGGAAGGACCCCAUGAAUUGGACUCCAAAGAAUUGGAUCUUGCCAUGGACACUCUGCCGAGUGCUUCAGCCGAGUUCCAUGAAGCCAAUAGUCUCUCUUCGGGCAGUCGUGUAGACCAGCAACCGAACCGUACGUCAUCGACGAGCAAUCAUCACGACGUGGACGAUGAAGAACCUGCCAUCACUCCCCAGCAGCGUGGCAAACGCGUACGACGCCAGACGCCUUACAAGAUGGUUAUUCCGAAAGCGAACCUCAACAGCCGUCAUUCCCCACUCGAACCUCUCGUGAUGCACCACCGCCGUCAAGCCAGUCAGGCAACGAGCUCCAGUGUCGGAGAGAUAGCACCACAGGUAGAGAUUGACGACAUCGCCGAAGUGUCCACGUUCCGGGCUCUACAGGAGUACUUCGACAGCCAGGCAUCGGGAAAGCGAUCGGUCGAAGCGAGUAAACAGAGCACUUCAUCCCCACAGCCUCACGACAUCCCCCUUCCAAGCUCUCCCUUGUCGGGUUCAUCGAGUCCCCUCGCCGGACGCGCAUGCACAAUCCCAGUUGAAGAACUGGACAAACUAGAAGACACACCUGAUAUCCCACCUCGCAGUCCCAAGAGGCUCGAAGUCAUGUGGGCCACACGUACGCGAAGUGCAUCUACGUUCUCAGGCAAUAGCGAGUUCCAAUCUGCCGCGGAAGGCCAAUAUUCACCCUACGACAAGGAGCCUCCACACCGUCACCAUCAUCACCACCACGGCCUCACGGUCCCCAAGAAGCGCAACCAAACCCGCAUGCGCACCAGUUCGGCAGCCCGAGUAGGCUCCUCGACACUAGGACGCAUGGCUCCCCCGAUCCUAGGCCACCAAGCCCUCACUGCUACCGCCAAUCUCAACGACCUGAGCUUCUACCUCCGGAACACGGGUCCCUCACCCGAGCCCAUCAAAGGCCAGAGGAAGAAGUCCGGCUUCCGGAUCUUCAAAGUCGGCGGCGGGGGGAAGAAGACGCUCGCAGCGCGGGUGGGAUCCGUGGAAGGGUCGCCCGGGAAGACGCAGCAGCGGGCUGCUCGGCCACCGAUGCCGGCGUGUGCGAGGGAGACAACGACGUCGAGUGGCACGAGACAUCUCCGCAUCAUGAUACCGAACGACGACAUCGUGCAGGAUCAGACUAUCACGCUGCCGGUGGACUGCGGCGCGGGUGCGGGCGGGACCAAGCCGUCGAGACAUGUGUCCAUCACGUUCACGGACGAGAUGUUGAACCCGCUCGGGAGCUCUGCCGUUGAGAAUGCUAUCUCUCCAUUCCAUGCGGCUGAUGGUGGCUCGUCGGACGACGAGGGACCAACGGCGACUGUCAGGAGCCCGAGGACGCCACCGAAGUCGUCCACGAUGAUGCCGGUGGUUGGCAACGACCACCCGCUUGCAUCAAGAGAGGAGCUGACGAGGGCGAGGAAGCUGAGGGAUCUGAAGAAGUUCAAGCAGCAGAGGGGGUCCGCCACGACUGACGAGGAUGACGCGAGAGCCGGUGGGGCAGUGUCGUCGUCGUCGUUGUCGCAGUACCGAAGCGUCUCUUCCUCGUGCAACUCCAGGUCUGCAUUGAACAAUAGUAGUGUGGGCGAGAGCGGCGCCGCCACGGGGGAAGCAAUCCAGGAGGCAAAUAUGUUGAAGCAGCGGGUCAUUGUCCUUCAGCGCCAGAACACCGAGCUGGCGGAGGCUCUGGCGAGGAUCGUGGGGUUCGAGGCUGAGGAUGGCGACCUGGAUGCUGAGGCGGUGUUGACGGCGUGUAGACGGUGUAGGACAGAGAGUGCUUGCUCAGUGGGGAUUGCGAGGCUAGGGCGCGUAUUCACGACAUGA